UCUAUAACAGUAACAUUACGGUACCGGUACAUUUACCGGGUUUUUAUUUUCAGGAUUGGAUCGAUGAACUGAACUGAACUGGAAUAGCUUGAAUGGGGAAAAACAACUCCACUCUUAGACUAAACAGAUCAUCAAAAAGAAUGGAGCACAAAGCAGACGAGCAGGAAAUCGAGUGCAGCCAAAAGAGGGAAGGUGAAUUUGCAGAACCCGAAGUGGAUACCCAGAACAUCAAUCUUCAUAUUGAUAGACUAUCGGGUGACUGUUCAUUUGAAGACCUCCCGUUUGAGCUGAUCCAACGGAUCUUGGUCGUCGUCCCCGAUCGCGAUCUGACAGAAUGCAGCUGUGUGUGUAAGACGUGGCAAGCGGCGAUUGCGGAACAGUCCUUUUGGAAACAGAAAUGUGAGAGGGGAGGCCAGUUUGUUGAAAAGUACAUGGCGCCGUACUUCCCCCCAGACUGGAGAGAAUUCUACUUCAAGUCUCCCUUUGCCAGGAACCUCAUUAAGAACUGCAGUGGACAAGAUAGCCCAGGAGAGCACGACCUGAAACAUUGGACCAUCCUGAGCAACGGAGGAGAGCGAUGGAAAGUAGAGACAGGGUGCCCCGGCUCAGACCGCUUGCCCGACGAAGUCCUGCGGCUGAACGGAGGCAAGGACAAGAGCUUUGCCACUUCGUAUGGGUGGUGUGAAAGAGAACAGGUCAUUGACCUCAUAAAAGAAGGCUUCAGCGAAGAAAUGCUUGACCGUAUGAAGCCCACGAUCUUCGUGUCAGAGUGGUAUGCUGCCCGGUUUGAUUGUGGGAAUUCCUAUGAAUUUGGCGUGCAGCUCCUCAAGGGUAGACCUACCUCCGAGGACACAAAGGACGUCAUCAUCGACAGCUUCUCGUUCGGACCCAUAAUCACCCCAGAGUGGCCUGAACGCAGUUGGAAACAGGCAACUUAUUACUUCAGAGAGUAUGGAGCAGGAGUGCGGUUCAUCCGUUACUGGGACAAAAGCAAGGAUAAUAAGUUCUGGGCUGGACACUAUGGCGGUAAAAUGGCGGGGUCAGAGGUCCGGUUUAUCUUCAAGAGGGAGCAGGAUACCAACGCACCAAGACCGCUACAGGGGGCAUCGCCUUUAUGACAAGACCAAAUACCACGCUUCUAGAAUUUUCAUCACUGCUUUACGGCUUCCUGGGCGCCCCGUCUUACAAAGAGUUACGAUUGAUCAGAUCAAUCGCAACUAUGGACGGCCAACAACAUCAACAUCUAUUCU